AGCAAAGAUCAACUUCAAAUUAAACUUCAAUUGAAAGCAAAAAAAUGGCUUCUAUUGGUAUUGGAAUGUGCGAAACUCCCGGUUGCAAAUCAAUCGCUCAGUUACAAUGUCCGACAUGCAUAAAACUUGGCAUACAGGGGUCGUUCUUUUGCAAUCAAGACUGUUUCAAAAAAUCGUGGAAAUCUCACAAAAUUAUCCACUCAUUGGCGAAGGGUGAAAGUACUGAUGGUUCGAACGUUGAGUAUAAUCCGUGGCCGUCCUUUAAUUUUACGGGGAAAUUGAGGCCUUUUCCGGCCGGUCCAAAGAGAACCGUGCCUCCACAUAUAGGUCGUCCAGAUUACGCCGACCACCCAACAGGUUUCCCGGCCUCAGAAAACGCUGCAAAGGGUUCUGGACAGAUUAAGGUUUUGGAUGAUGAAGAAAUUGAAGGAAUGCGUGUCGCUUGCCGACUUGGCCGUGAAGUACUUGACGAAGCCGCGAGAGCCUGUGACGUUGGUGUGACAACUGAUGAAAUAGAUAGAGUAGUACAUGAAGCUUGCAUUGAACGAGAAUGUUAUCCCAGUCCAUUAAACUAUCACAACUUCCCAAACAGCUGUUGUACUUCAGUGAACGAGGUUAUAUGUCAUGGCAUACCAGAUUUACGUCCAUUGCAGGAUGGUGAUAUAUGCAACGUAGAUGUAACAGUCUACCAUAGAGGAUUUCACGGUGACUUAAAUGAGACAUUUUUUGUUGGCACAAUACUAGAGUCAAGUCGGAAACUUGUUCAGGUCACAUAUGAGUGUCUGCAGAAAGCAAUUGAUAUUGUGAAACCCGGUGAAAAGUACAGGGAGAUUGGAAAUGUUAUACAGAAGCAUGCACAAGCGAAUGGAUUGAGUGUUGUACGUUCUUAUUGCGGUCAUGGUAUACAUAGAUUGUUUCAUACUGCACCAAAUGUUCCACAUUAUGCCAAGAAUAAAGCUGUGGGUGUAAUGAAACCGGGCCACUGUUUCACCAUUGAGCCAAUGAUAAACGAAGGUGGAUGGCGAGAUGAGCAGUGGCCGGACCACUGGACUGCAGUCACAGCUGAUGGAUCGUGGUCUGCUCAGUUUGAGCAGACUCUACUAGUGACGGAGACAGGAUGUGACAUACUAACGAAGCGGGAGGGUGGCCGGCCCUGGUUUAUGGACCAGCUGGAGAAAAUCAACUCUAAUUCCUAGUCCAUGCAGUAACUAUUACCCGUCCAUUGAGGU